AUGCGCAGCAAGAUGAGCUACAGCCUGCCCUGCUCGCCGGGAGCCUCUCCUCCGCAUUCGGGGCGGCUGGUGUCGUACAGGUCGCGCUGCGUCAGCGCAUCCGGUGCCAGCGUGGUCGCCAUCGACAACAAGAUCGAGCAGGCCAUGGAACCCGACCUGGUGAAGAGUCACCUGAUGUAUGCGGUUCGGGAGGAGGUGGAGGUGCUGAAGGAGCAGAUAAAGGAGCUGUACGAGAGGAACUCUAUGCUGGAGCGCGAGAACGCGGUGCUGAAGUCUCUGGCCAACACGGAGCAGCUCAGCCAGCUGACCAACCAGCUGGUCAGCGCCCCGCCGUCCCUGCAGCACCACCAGCACCCGCUGCUGACCAACGCCCCGUCCCUGGUGCACCACGAGGGGGGUCAGAGCAUCCCCCACCACCCCAACAUCACCUCGGCCUGA